AUGCAAGCAUUAGCGAGUUAUAUUGUUAGGCCACAAAGAGAAGUAUACCAGAUCGCAGACUUAGGCCAUAAACAGUUUUCAUUAGGAAAAACUUGAUACCAAAGGAGAGAUUUUCAAUUAGUUAGCAUCCGAGGAAUUUUGCAGUGUAGCUGAUUCGACUCAAUAAAGCAAGAUCCUAAAAAAUGUGUGAUUUAUUGUCAUGGCAACUGUGGCUGUAGAAUUGAUUCUUUCGAUAUAUUAGAGCACAUCCUCAAACACAGAAUGUCAUUAGUUUGUUUUGACUUUGGAGGCUGUGGACUCUCUGAAGGCGACUAUGUCUCUUUAGGCUUUUAUGAAAAAAAUGAUAUAGGGCUUUCCCUUGAAUAGCCCGAUAACGGGAUGAAGCCAGCCCGUUAUCAGGCUAUUCAAGGGAAAGCCCUAUAUAAAAACUGUUGUAAAAUAUGUGCAAGAAAGUGGAAGAGCAACUUCAAUUGGAAUAUGAGGAAGAAGUAUGGGAGCUGUUGCGGCAAUUCUAUAUUCAGAAAGUAUGGCAAAUGCUCCGCCUUUAGUGUUGGAUUCGCCUUUCUGCUGUUUAAAUGAUGUAAUUGAUGAUAUGAUAGGCCGAUAUAAGCUAAUACCAAGAAUUCUUAAAGAUUUUAUAUUAGAAAAAAUCUCGAAAAUUAUUAAAGACACAGCUUUAUUUGAUCUAGAAAACAUAAAGCCGCUAUUAGUUGUAAAAAAAUGCCACAAUUAUGCAGUUUUUAUUCAUUCAUUCGAAGAUAAAUUAAUAAACUAUGAUCAUUCUCAAAAACUAUACCAAGAUUGAGCAGGUCCUAAGCAAAGCCAUUAGAAUAGUCCCUAUUUUUGGCAAUAAACCUAUCCUCCAAUGAGCAAACAAAGUAUGUUUUUAAUAUAAAAAUUUUUUAUAAAAAAUAUUUUGCUCUAUCAGCGAUAAUUAAUGCAAUAAAAUCUCUGCUGGAUUUAAAACAAGUUUGCAUUUAAAAACAAUUUUAUAAAAUUAAAUUAUUUUUGGUUUCCAAUUUUGGGAAUAGGAUUUUUUUGGAAAAAAAAUUAUUAUAAUAUUUAUAGUAUAAUUUUAAAGCUCCUCUGAGCAGAUAAUUUUUUUUAUGAUCAUGGAGAGGGGAGUAAGCAUUUUUUUAACUGUAAAUGGCCAUCACAAUAGUUUAAGAGACCCAACCACAAUUUUGAGAGCUUUAACUUUAUUAGAAUCAAUGAUGGGUAUAGAUCCAAACGAUGAUGAUGGAUCAUCAACAGAGAGAAGGGCCCCACCUGAAUUUUCUAAAAAAGCAAACAGAUUAAUACGCCAUAGAAGAUAUCAAAGUGAAGGUGACCCGAAAAAUUUUGUUUCUAUUAAAUAA